UUACGCGCACGAACCUGGCUGCGAAUGUCCUUAUUGCAUCCACCAUCGUUUCGGGAGUGCUUGUGUUAUGUUCUGCGGCGUGUGAUUGUGCGUGUGUACAAAGCUGUAUUCCCUGCCAUAUUUCGUCGCUGUAUUAACGGACGACAGAUCGCCCCCAUCGUCCGCACCAUGAAUUUCGGCAAGCUGCUCAACGUCGCCGAGAAGAACCGCUCAGCGUCCGCGGCUGAGAAGUCUGUCAAGCGGUACAGCACAGAGGUGGCUCCGGCCAAGAAGGCGCCACGCAGCAAUGUCCAGUCGGCCGCCAUCAGAGCCUUUCUGCAGCGGAAGGAAGAAGAGGAGCGCAGAAGACAGAUUGAGGAGCAGAAGAAGAAAGAGAAGCUUCUUGAGCUGCGGGCUCAGAAUUCCAAGUCUAACAAGCGUGCCAAGGUGAUGGCCUCGCGCACCAAGGACAACAACUUUGGGCGCAUCCGUCUGACGGAGGAAGAGGAAGAGGCACGACGCAAGCGAGAGGAGGAGCUGCGGCGCAAGAUGCUCACCGACAAGGUUGAGCGCAUGAAGGCACGCAUAAAGCUCCAGCAGGAAGAAGAGGCAUUGCCGCACAAGCGAAAGCGCAAACGGCGGAACUCGCAGGGGGAGAUCAUCAGCGAGCCUGAGAGCAUAGACCCAGCCAAGGAGGAAAUUAACCUGGAGCUGCGCGACAACAUCACGGUCGACAGACUAGCACAUCGUGUUCCCCGUGACCACCCCCGCUACCACCUGUUCCUGUUCCCCCACAAACAUCAGGGCGAGAAAUUCAAAAGCAUUGUGUUCAUCUACUCCAUUGCUGGCAGCGAAUGCCCUGUCAAGGAGCGCAUGCUCUACUCCAGCUGCAAGCUCCCCCUGGUGGAGACCAUUGAGACGCAGGUUGGCGUGCCGAUCACCAAGAAGUGUCUGGGAUACCACAGCUUGGGGCAGUGUGAGAACAUUUAA